CUGUUCAGAUGCAGUAGAGAUGGACAGAACUAAUGACAGCACAAAAAACCAUUUCAUCCUUUUGGGAUUUUCUGACCGCCCCCAUCUGGAGAGCAUCCUCUUUGUGGUCAUCUUGAUAGCCUACCUCCUAACCCUAGUGGGCAACACCACCAUCAUCCUUGUGUCUCGGCUGGACCCCCAGCUCCACACCCCCAUGUACUUCUUUCUCACCCACCUCUCCUUCCUGGAUCUCAGCUUCACCACCAGCUCCAUCCCCCAGCUGCUCUACAACCUCAGUGGACGUGACAAGACCAUCAGCUAUAUGGGCUGUGCCAUCCAGCUCUUUCUGUUCCUGGGCCUGGGUGGGGUGGAAUGCCUGCUCCUGGCUGUCAUGGCAUAUGACCGGUUUGUAGCUGUCUGCAAGCCCCUACACUACAUAGCGAUCAUGAAUCCCAGGAUUUGCUGGAGCCUGGUGUCAGUGGCUUGGAGCUGUGGGGUGGCCAAUUCCUUGGCCAUGUCUCCAGUGACCCUACAUCUACCCCGCUGUGGGUACCACAAGGUGGACCACUUCCUGUGUGAGAUGCCAGCCUUGAUCCGCAUGGCCUGCGUCAACACUGUGGCUGUCGAAGGCACUGUCUUUGUCCUGGCAGUGGGCAUUGUGCUGUCCCCCUUGGUGUUCAUCCUGGUCUCUUAUGGCUACAUCGUGAGGACUGUGUUACAAAUCCAGUCAACAUCAGGGAGGCAAAAGGUCUUCAACACCUGUGGCUCCCAUCUCACUGUGGUUUCACUCUUCUAUGGAAACAUCAUCUACAUGUACAUGCAGCCAGGAAACAGCUCUUCCCAGGACCAGGGCAAGUUCCUCACCCUCUUUUACAACAUCGUCACCCCGCUCCUGAACCCCUUGAUCUACACUCUCAGAAACAAAGAGGUGAAAGGAGCACUCAGAAGACUGUUGCUUGGGAACAGAGAGGUAGGAAAGGAGUAAGGACAUCUCCAGCCUGACUGUCCACAUCUGCUCCAUGCAGGGCUGUUGGCGGCA